AUGGCCGUAUAUGACGGAAUCGGGAAUCCCCGGGAGCACGUCCUGAACUACAAAACUUUCAUGGAACUGCAGACUUUAUCAAAUGCUUUGAUGUGCAAAGUGUUCCCAACGACGCUCUCGGGGCCAGCACGGACGUGGUUUAAUAGUCUUGAGGCCGGAAGUAUCAGAAGCUUUGGAGAUCUGGCCAUUCGCUUCAUCAGCCGGUUCAUCGCCGGAGUGCCGGAAGAUAGGAAGACAAGCUAUCUGGAGACAGUCAGGCAGAGAAGGGAUGAAUCGCUUAGGGAAUACGUGGCCCGCUUCAAUACGGAGGCCUUACAGAUCCCUGAGCUGGAUGAGGGCAGAGCAGUCAAAGCCAUGCAGAAAGGGACGACCUCACCCGAAUUCUUUGGCUCGUUGAGCAGGAAGCCUCCUAACUCGCUGGCCGAGCUAAUGAAAAGAGCAGAGAAGUACAUAAGGCAGGAUGAUGCCUUGGAAACAAGCAGAUUUGCCAGGGGAGCGACAGAUAAGGGGAAAGCCCCGGAGGAAGGAGGCCAGAGAGACACGAGAAGAAGCACGACAAGAAACCUGAACCCUACAGACAACCAUGGGAGAGAAGGGACCAAAGACCCCUUCCUCCUCGGGUCUCAGAGAAGAAUCCACUCCUUCCGUGGGUUCCAGAGAAGCCGACCCCGCUCAACGCCUUUAGAGCCGAAGUGCUCAUGGCCGUCCAAGACAAGGAGUUCUUACAAUGGCCUAGACCUAUGA